UAAUGAAGGUGACACUUGCCAACAGUUACCAUCCCAUGGAAUCAGCAACAUGGAGUAGUAACCUUCUCUCUCUUUCCGUUUCGACUCUUCCUUCCCCUUCACGCCACCCCUCCUCAUACAAAUUUAUGGCCUUUUCAAUUUCCACUCUCAACACUUUCCCACUCCCUUCCUUUGCUUCUUCUUCUUCUUUUCAACCCUCUCUUCUGUCUCCAAAACCCCCCAACCCUCGCCCGCUCUUCCCCUCCCCUCAACAUGCACGCUUCCAUUCGAGACGCCGUUGGAGGAACAAUGGCCAUAGUCCAAUCGUCGCCCGCCACGUGGCAGUCCGCACUUCUCAGCAACGCUCUGAUCUUCCUCCUCGGCACUCCCCUUCUCGUCGCCGGCUUGUCGCUCUCCGGCAUCGGAGCGGCGUUCCUGCUCGGAACGCUCACCUGGCGCGCUUUUGGGCCUUCUGGGUUCUUGCUUGUUGCCACUUACUUUGUCAUUGGUACAGCUGCGACAAAGGUCAAAAUGGCGCAGAAAGUAGCUCAGGGGGUUGCUGAGAAAAGAAGAGGAAGAAGGGGUCCGGGCAGUGUUAUUGGAUCCAGUGCUGCUGGUUGCAUUUGUGCUUUCCUCACAAUUUUUGGUGUUGGGGGAGAGGCAUUUUCUCGGCUUUGGAGACUAGGGUUUGUUGCCAGUUUCUGUACCAAGUUGAGUGACACAGUCUCAAGUGAGAUCGGGAAGGCAUAUGGAAAAAUAACCAUAAUAUCCAGGUACCUAGUUACAACAUUCAAGGUAGUUCCAAGAGGCACAGAAGGGGCUGUUAGUGUUGAAGGAACUUUGGCUGGCAUUUUAGCAGCCAUAGCUCUUGCAUUUGUCAGUUUUCUCAUGGGUGAGAUUGGUUCACAUGAAGCAAUUAUAUGUGUAUUAGCUUCUCAGAUUGCUAAUCUUGGUGAGAGCAUAAUUGGUGCUGCUUUUCAAGAGAAGGAAGGAUUUAAAUGGCUUAACAAUGAUGCAGUCAAUAUUAUCAACAUAUCAAUGGGCAGUAUCAUAGCAGUCUUAAUGCAGCAAGCCCUCCAGAUCUGGGGUUCCUAAACUUGUUGCAGGGUUUUUGAGGAGCUCAAUCAUCUAACAUAGUGGCAAUCUUGACAAGUGCUUAUUAUAUAGAACACUGAUAUUGAGCAUUGGAGCGGUGUAUUACAUGUUUAUUUCUCGUUGAAAACUGACUUGGAUAUUUAUACUACCGGAUGUUUGAGUGCCACAUAUGAAGCAGCCUUUCCUGACACGAAAUUAUCUGCAAGUAUAAUGUGGAUAAAAGCUCAUUCGGAUCAUACUCAAGCAUGUUGGUUGUUACAAAGAUUAUUAGCAGUGGCGAUCGAAACAGCAAAUUUGUAUUAGGUGUAGCCAUGAUUCAAGUCUCUUGAAUGGUAAGCAGUGGUUCUUUCGAAAUGUAGAUGUGAACUUCUAUUUCAAGAAAUAGAAUAGUUUCUCCCAAGUAUUUCUAUCUGUCAUUCUAUUUUGAUUUCCCUUGUAUUUAUGGUUGUUGGGACUUGAGAGGUUUCUUUGUUCUUGGCCUUGAUCCAUAUUUUUUAGUGCAUGCUCUCUAGCAUUUGAAAUAGAGUCCUUGAAAGAAUAUUUGAAGAGUUAAGUUAGACUUUCAUUCUUGUGUGGUAUAUUUAAUUUUAAGAGA